ACACGUGCAACGUCGCAUGCUGGUGACGCGUCCACAGUCGGUUUACAAAUACGUCUCGGUUUUUCAAUGAAAAUAUACGACCUGCAUGCUCUUUAAAACAUGUAAGACGUGUGAUAUUUAAAUAUAACGUUGUCUUUAUUUCAUACGUACCAAUAAUGCUAAAAACAUAGCGAAGUAAAACGUGUUUUUGCCGUUAUUGCAGUAAAGAGAGCAGUCGCUAGGGGUUGCUAUUCUGCGGUGAAUGGGUUUUUUUUUUCAGCUGUUUUCACGGUGACAGCAGGGGCAUGACAACACCGACCGACACGGCCCUUCUUCCAUUCAAGCUGACUGCUAAACAUCAACAAAAAGAAGCUCUCUGCUUGUGGACUUAAGGAUCUGUGUUUGUAGCUGCCGUUCUUUAUGUGCCGCUGGGAGCUGCAGCAGUAUGGCAGAUGACAAGGACGUGUUGAGAGACGUUUGGUUCGGCCGGAUCCCCACCUGCUUCACCCUGAACCCGGAUGAGGUUACUGAGAGAGAGGCCGAGCCCUACUAUCUGCUGUUACCCAGGGUGAGCUACCUGACUCUGGUCACCGACAAGGUGAAGAAACAUUUCCUCAAGGUGAUGAGGGCCGAGGAAGUGGAGGAGAUGUGGUUCGAGUACGAAGGGACGCCGCUCAAAUGGCACUAUCCAAUAGGAGUUCUGUUUGACUUCCAUGCCUCCAACACCGUCUUACCCUGGAGCAUCACUGUGCACUUUAAGAAUUUUCCAGAGAGCGACCUGCUGCACUGCUCGUCCAACUCCGUGAUCGAGGCUCACUUCAUGUCCAGCAUCAAGGAGGCCGACGCGCUCAAACACAAGAGCCAAGUCGUCAACGACAUGCAGAAGAAAGACCACAAACAGCUGUGGAUGGGCCUGCAGAACGAUAAAUUCGACCAGUUCUGGGCCAUGAACAGGAAACUGAUGGAAUAUCCCACUGAGGAAGGAGGCUUCAGAUACAUCCCCUUCAGGAUAUACCAGACGAUGAGCGACAGGCCGUUCAUCCAGAAACUGUUUCGUCCCGUUUCACCUGACGGCAACGUACACACGCUUGGCGACCUGCUGAAAGAGAUGUACCCAGCUGCUAUACCAAAUGACGACUUGCUGGAUUGCAUUUCAUUGCCUCAUAGGCACUUAAAAUGAAACGCCAACGCAGCCCCUUGUAUUGCUGUAAACAGUGCUGUUUUCAGUCUGAAUGCAGCUGAGGAGUUCCUGUAUGUUACUGAACAACAAGUUGAAAAAGAAAAGCGACGGCUUAAUGAUAACAGGAAUACAGUAUAUGCUGUGGCUAGGUAUGCCUGGCUCUCCUGGAGGUGCCUGGUCUCCCGGCUCGAGUGUGUCAUCACACUUGAGCCGGGAGACCAACACUGUGCAGCCUAAAAUGUUUAAUCAAAUUUGAUGUGCAACGUGGCUUCCAGCUAGUGAGCCUCCCACAUGUAUUGCACUUUUUGUUUUCUUAAAUAAAGUAAAGCUACAAUUUUGAGCGUU